AUGGCUGGAAAGGAUGCCAGCAGAGCUAUGAGCACCGGCAAGUUCGACGUAGACGCCGUGCCAAGCUUACAUGGCUUCUCGGAACAGCAAGUUUCAGACGUCAUGCAGUGGCGAUCCUUCUACCGGCAGCAUGAAGAAUAUCGUUUCGUGGGCUUCCUGGAAGGCCUAUACUAUGCAGCCGAUGGAUCUCUCACCCCGAAGCUGCAGAGUCUGGAGGACACCCAGGCCCAAACGGAGAAGGUGAGCAAGACCAUGACAGAGGCGAGGCAACGCUUCAAGGCCUGUAACUCCAAGUCGAAGCAGGGCGAUGAUAACACGGAGCUCUGGUGUGAUCCUGGCUAUCACGGACCGGGAACCAUGCCCGUCUACCUGACGGCCUACAAUCCCGAGGCCAAGAAGAGGGAGUCUUGGUGCGCCUGCGCCUCUCCCUCUGCGCGGGCCCUGGCACAUUCAGACGACGAUGCGCCGGCAACAGCACCGAAUGAGCUGGUUUUCAAGUUUGCAGACUAUCCUGAAUGCAAGGGAAAGACCCGAUGCUGGCGCUCAAAGAAAGCUGGUCCUCCAACCGCUCGCAAAGCAAAGUAA